ACCCGAAUUUUAAUUUCGAAUUCGAGUCCUCUUUAAGCCCAGAUAACAGAUUCAACUUCAAUUCUUCAAACACUUGUCUUCCAGUCUUCCCCCAUUAAUUCCGGCAAUCCUCUCUUCACCGGAGUAUUCAGAAGCUACUGAAGAGUAGAGUUUUAUCAUGGGCACAGAAGAGCCAAAAGAUCCACUGAAAGAUAUUGAGUGGAAAAGUAUGGCUGAGCCUUCACAUAGCGAGCCCGGUGUUGGACGGACAGUGAAGAAGAGACUCCCAAAGAAAAUUAGGCAAAUUCCGGAAUGUUAUUUUCUUCCACGAUCGUCCUUACCAUCAGCUAUAGCUUUUUACGGGUCCUGCAUUGCUGCUGGGAUUGGGGCUGGGAUGCUGCUAGAAGUGUGGAUAAACAAGAAGAUCAAAGAGGAUGGUGGAGUCAUCUGGGAGUUUGACAAAUGAAUUUAUUCAUGUCUCUGCAGUCAUCUCCAAUAAGUUGCUGCUUUUUUUGUUACCCAUAUUUUAUCAAUGUAUUUUUUGGCGACAAUUUAUAGUUUACUAUGGAAAAUAGUGAAUCCUUUUAGCUUUCAUGUUUUUAUUGACGAGUGCAUAAAUGGAUCAAUUUCUCGGUAUUAGUCAGGUACUCAGGUCACCCCCUUGUUCCCUGUCUAAGAAUGUAUGGACAAGUUUCAAACAAACUGUAUUGUGAUCUCCUAAUCAAACCAUAUUAUCUUGCCCAAACUACA